GAAUUGUUAAACUUUUCGAGGGUAACAUCGAAAAAAACCCAAAGAAAUAUCAAUCAUCUCCUUCUCCUCCAAUAGGACCAAUACAAGCAGAAGCCAUGGCCGAGAAAUUAGGGUUAGGGUUUUGAUGAUCCAAGCACAUCCCCUUUCCUCUCGCCUUCCACUUCGAAUUCGCGAAGUUUCUAAACUAGAAAUUCGAUUCCACGCGAAAUUUCUCUAUUCUUUUCAGUUUAGGAUUUUUUUAUUAUUCCUUAAAAAUUCCAAAGAGUUUCGCACGAUUAGAGAGAAAGGAAUCGAGACUAACCUGGGAUGAGGCUGUAGGAUAGGAAAGGGAAUGAAGAUGGAUCGAUCGCAGACGUCGGAGGGAGCAGUGGUGGCGAUUGAGCUGGUGGCGGGGAGCUCGAAGGCGGAGGAGUGGAGUGGCGGCGUGCCGCAAACAGGGGACGUAGUAGAGGAGAUCCGGAUCGGCGCCGGCCAGGCAACGCGUGCUCCAUUCAAGGGCGGCCGUGCGGGCGUUCAAAAGCUCCUCCAUUCUGCGUUCCGGCGCGGCGACACCUCGAUCAGAGUCAAAGCCCGGCGCGCUGCCGGAGACUCCGCUGAGCUCCAUGCUUGCAUCGUCCCCCGCGAUCCGCCGGCCGGCGGGCGCCGCCAGUACGUCUUGAGAUCCAUCCACGAUCCCAACUACGCCGUCGGCUUCGUUGAUCGAUCCGUGAGCGAGUGCAUCGCCCUGCAGAGAUCAAUGAGCUCAAGGGUGGUGUGCGCGUUGAGCAACGCACAGCUUCAGGAUGGGUAUGUGGCGUACCCUUGGGACAAGAAGAUGAGGGAGUCACUGGAGAUACCAAACUCUAGUGGUUUUCUUUCAGUGCUUAUUCUACCAAAAGCCUCAGACUCUUCUGGUCUCCACUAUAACUCCCUUGAGGACACUCUUGCCAGAGCCAAUGCUUGGCUUAAUUCUUCUCAGGCCUCUGGUGUACCCAUCCUCUUCAUUAACAUCCAGACUGAAGCCCUUCUCACCAAGAUCUCUGGAGAGACGGCUUCAUGUACAGUGAACGCAGGAUCACUAUCAGAUCUCUCAAACCUUGGCAACGUUAGCCUCUAUGGAUUUGAAGACUAUCAUGGAGUAGACAUUGGUGUGGUGAGAGCUGUGAGGCUUUGGUACACUCCUCUUGGAGGAGAAGUGGCCAUUGAGAUCAAACUUCAGGAAACUGACACCAAGCUUGGUUUUGCCAUCAGCCGCACUGAAGAGGGUUUUAUUUAUAUAUCUUCAGUUAUAGACGAUGAAGAUGACAAAGAAGUAGCUUCCACUCGGUCUGGCCUUAAAGAUCUGUACAAAGCCGCAAUGAGAGCAUCAAAGCUGCUAGUAAUCUCUAGGGUAUCAAAUGAAAAGGUACUCCCAUGGAUGGUGUCCUCCUCUGGUGCUAUCCGGUGUUUCGACACAGUCUCUCUCAGUCAGAAGCUCUCUCUUCACCGCCAUGCUCUUCGCCCUAUCCUCCUCCAUGUCUUCCUUUGGGAAAAAACACCUCUGACAAUGCCACCACCAUCACCACCACCUCCUCUGACAAAAACUCCGGCGGCUGAGCAAGCACCAAGGAAUGUACUGGUGUAUGAUAAUGAUGAUAGAUCAGGUGCAAUAUUGCACAGAGAUACUGCAGGGGAUGUAUCUUUCAGGUUCCAUGAUUUCUCUCUGCCAAACAAUUGGGUAUGAGUCAUUCAUGACCACUCUUUGCGUAUUCAUUUCUUUUCUUUGUUGUGAUCAUGGAUAUAUAUAUACUCAUACGAAUAAAUUUUACAAUUAA